AUGAUAGUCGGUGACUUGCUGAAGCGUAUCGGUGUGAGCGGGCAGCUCGUGCCGUUCUUCAAGGCGGUGUGCAUCUACUUCCUGAUGGGCGUGGCUAACCCUUCGCCGGCAGCGGCCGCGCUCAAGUGCGCCCCAGUGCUCUGUCUGCUGUUAUGCGUCAUGCUCAAGGCGGCCUCCGCGCCGGGGGAGAGGGGGCGGUACGCGCGCUGCGUGUGCGCCGGCCUCGGGCUGUCCGCGCUGGGCGACGCGGCGCUCGUGUGGCCGCAGCUGCUGGCGGCCGGCAUGACGCUGUUCGGGUGCGCGCACGUGGCCUACAUAAUGGCGUUCGGGCUGCGGCCGCGCAAGAGCCUGCUGGCGCUGGCGAGCGCGUUCGUGGCCGCGCUGUACGUGCGCUCGUUCCGCGCGGGGGCGCUGGCGCCGCUGACGCCGGUGGUGCACACGUACGCGGCGCUGCUGGCCGCCAUGGCGUGGCGCGGCGCGGCCAGGCCGGGCCCGCAGCGCGCCGGCGCCCUGCUCUUCGCCUUCUCCGACGCCGUGCUCGGCUACAGCCUCUUCGGCGGGCCCUCGCCCUACAGGCAGACGGAGUACGGGUCGCAGGUGGUGGUGAUGUCCACGUACUACCUCGGGCAGUUCCUGAUCGCGCUCAGCGCUCUCCAGCACCGCGGGGAUGGGGAACCGCUGCAGCAG